GGCGGAGCUAAGCGGCGUAGGGGAGACCGUCGAGCAGAACGAGGCUGGGGUUGGCGGUAACGGUGUGAUUAAUCUAAAACUGAUUUGUGGUUGUACAUGUGACAGACUUCUGGGGACAAGACUGCGGUGAAAAUGUCUCAUCCAGAGUCUUCCUAUUCCUAUGAUGCAGAAACUACCUACAUCAACUUCAGGACUCUGAAUGAUGAUGACAUGCAGAGUGUAGAUUCAUGGUUUGAUCUGAAAGCCGGUUCAGAGAAUGUCCCUCCUGCAGAGAAUGUGGCAACUGUCUUGCAGCACAAGCCUGCCUCUUCAAAGGCUAAUCUUCCUCAAGCUAUUGUUCCACCAAUGGUGAAAUCCAGUGAAAACCAUGAGAUGGAGGAGAGAGAAAUGGCGCAGGCAAUGUUGAGACCACAGAAUAUUGUUGGUUCUCUGGCAGCCUGGAAAGUCCCCUCAAAUGAUGAUUCACCUCCUGCUCCUUCAGGAGCUUCUCAAAGGAGGAUAUCCAGAAGACUGUCAGCACAACAGAAGAAUUCCCAGCAACGCAAACGUCAGGCCAAAGUCAAAGCAGAGAGAUGCACUGUCACGUCCAUCAAAAAGGAAGAUGUUCCACCCACCAAGAAACAGAAAAUCUUUAACAGAGUACCGGGGAAAACUAGACCACCAGUGCCAUGCUAUAUGGCCAGCUGUAGCAGUAGAGAGAGAAUGACUGAAGUAUCGAUGAACAGAGAUCACUCCCAGAGCACUGAACUCUCCCCAGCCAGACCCAAGGGCAAGCUGACCAUGCCUACCACGCCAACAAUGCUGAAGAGGAAGUAUCUUUCUGGCAAGCUAAAGAGCACAGAGGAGCAGGAGCUGGAAAAGAUGAAGCAAUUGCAGCAGGAGACAAUGGAUCUGCGCAAAAAGAAUGAAGAGUCCCUGAUAGCUGCUAUUGCUGGCUCAGGACAACCUGUGAAGAAAACAACUGGCCAGGUAACAAAGCCAAUUGACUUCCAUUUCUGCACAGACGAGAGGAUUAAACAGCACACAGAGAGCCAACCUGGGAAUGAAUACAAGAAGCUGGAUUUCAUAGCAGCACUGAGAAAGCACCCUCCAUCUCCGGCACGAGUGGUGAAGGGGCCCACCGUCCCCAAACCUUUCAAUCUCUCCUGUGGCAACAAAAGGAAGUUUGAAGAAACUACAUCAGAGUAUGUCCCCCUUGCUCAGCAGAUUGAAAACUUCCAGAAACGUACUCCCUCUCGUUACCAUUUGAGGAGCAGGAGGACCGAUGAAAGUCCAAUUCCAGUAAAGCCACUGAAGGCCAGGCUUACGCAGCCCAAAACUCCACUGCUUCAAACCAAACAGCGCUUAAGACCUGUAACUUGCAAGAGUGCAGCUGAGUUGGAGGCAGAGGAAAUAGAGAAGCUCCGACAAUACAAAUUCAAAGCUCAGGAGCUUAAUCCAAGGAUCAUAGAGGGUGGGCCAAUCCUGCCCAAGAAACCCCCUGUGAAAGAGCCCACACAGCCUAUUGGAUUUGACUUGGAAAUUGAAAAAAGGAUUCAGGAGCGAGAGAGCAAGAAGCAGAAGGAGGAGGAGCAUUUUGAAUUCCAUUCCAGGCCAUGUCCAGCUAAAAUCUUGGAGGAUAUUGUGGGUGUUCCAGAAAAGAAGCCCCUUCCUGUUACCGUUCCUAAAUCCCCAGCCUUUGCGCUGAAGAACAGAGUCCGAAUGCCUGAUAGCGAGGAAGAAAAGAGAGAGGAGGUGGUCCCGGUGAUCAAAGCUAACCCCAUGCCACACUAUGGAGUGCCCUUCAAACCUAAAGCCCCCGAGCAGAGGCAUGUGGAAGUGUGCCCCUUCUCUUUUGACUCUCGUGACAGAGAGAGGUGGAUGCAAAAGGAGAAAAAAAUAGAAGAGCUGCAGAAAGAGGAGGUACCAAAGUUCAAAGCACUACCCCUGCCUCAGUUUGACCACAUCAACUUGCCACAAAAAAAAGUGAAGAACACAACACAACCAGAGCCCUUCCAUCUGCAGACAGAUGAACGGGGAGCUACCAAGUUGCAGAAUUGGCAGCAACAGAUCAAAGAAGACCUGAAACGGCAGAAAGAGGCAGCGUGUUUCAAAGCUAAUCCAAACACCAUUGUGCACCAGGAGCCUUUUGUGCCAAAGAAGGACAGCAAGCCAAUAGCAGAGAACCUUUCUGGUUCCAUAGUUGCUGAAAGCUUUGAGCUGGCGACAGAAAAGAGAGCAAAAGAGCGUCAAGAGUUCGAAAAGCGACUAGCUAUGUUGGAAACUGAAAAAGAGAAGCUUCAAGAAGAGGAAAGACAGCAGGAGGCUGAGCGGGAGAAAGAAGAACUCUCCAGGCUGAGACAGGAACUGGUACACAAGGCAAACCCAGUUCGCAAGUACCGCAGUCUGGAGGUAAAGCCAAGUGACCAGCCUCUGACAGUGCCAAAGUCUCCGAACUUUUCUGACCGAUUUCGGUGUUGAUCUGCACCAAUGUGUAGGAGCCCUCCUUUCCCAGCCUCUUGGGUAUAGAGAAAACACAUGCAUCUAACUUGGGACUCCUCUUAAAUUAAUGCCUGCCUCCAUUAUUUUAUUUGAUAUUGAGUAGCUUUAACAAUUUCACAGAGGCAAGUGGCUGAAAUGGGCUGUGCCUGGAUAGAGAUCACCAGUCAUGUGGCUUCACUCAACAUGUAGAGAUGUUCAUCGUAAAGACCGAGCCAGGUUUUAAUAGUGUACCCAAAUUAACUACUUUGCAUACUUUAAUAAAAUAAAAGGUGUUC